GGGGGCGUUUUUGAGUUGGGUAAAAACAUCUUGCUGUCUGCUCUAAAUACUGGUUGUAAAGUAACACGAAGGUUUCGGAUGUGUUCGCGAUGUUCCUUCGUGUGUAGCUUGUUUUCCUCAUCCAUUUUUCCUCAACAUUUUAAAAUUUGAAUAAUAUCUAGCUGAUAAUUUUCUGAAUGCAUGCUUUUAAUAAACAUCACCGUAAUUUUGAAUGUCGAUCAUUGCCCGUUACAGAAAGCAGAAAAAACAGAAACCUAGUUGCUGUCAGUUUGUUUCUGAUAAAAUAUCUUUUAUGACGGUUCAGUUGGUGUGUUUCCUUCAUGACUAUUAAAAUAUUCUAUUAUAGUAGAUGAUCUCAGAAAUGCAGGAACCUGCUAAAUUAAAGGAAAAAAAAAACUCAGAUAUAUCAGAUCUUUCGGAUAAUUUUAAAACUUGUACUGACGAAAUCCCUAAUGUUAUAAGAGAGAGAUACGUAACAUUUUCGAAAGAAUCUGAUAAUGUAGUUAUUGAACUUGAUCAUGAAUCGGCUAAUAGUCCGGAUGAUUCUAUUUCGCAAACCAAACUUUUGUUAGCUUCUACUCUAGUGUGUGAUGCUAAAAAUGGUCGUCAUUCUGAUUUCAUACCAAAUGAUCAGUGUGUUAGACUGUACCUUAUUUAUCAUCACUGGGGCCUGAGUUAUAUGCUGUACUUCUUUAUUAUAAUUCAUCAUGCGAUAGCUAUUUGUGAGGAGCCAGCAGUAGAUGGCUUUCUUCUUCCUUAUUGGGUGACCAUGUCUGUCGAAUUUGCCUGCAUGUUGUUCUAUCUUUUCCGACUUUUACAUUGUGCUUCUUUUUUACCUCCUGAAACAUUUAUUAGGGAUAAGAAACAUAUUCUUGUGCUUGCUGCUAUUCUACUGACAGCUGUUGAUAUGGCUUGUUACAUAGGAUUAGUAAACACAGGUUAUGAAAAGUUUGCCUAUCGAUGGUCAAGACCUUUAAGACCUAUAUUUAUGGUAAACUUCAGUGAAAAUAAACAGGUUCGACGAGCUUUCAGGAAUAUAAGGAAGACGCUUCCUGACAUUUUGAAUGUGCUAAUACUGUUUUUCUUAAGUAUAUCAUUAUUUUCCUUGAUGGCACAGAAAUUGUUUCAGAAAAGGUCUCUGAAGUAUCCUGAUAAUACUCCAUAUUUUGUUAAUUAUCUUGAUAUAUAUUUUCAGCUGUAUGUGCUUGUCACAACUGCUAAUAACCCAGAUGUUAUGAUGCCAGCAUAUGAUUCAAGCAGAUGGUUUGCAUUGUUUUUUAUAGCCUAUCUCAUCAUCUGUCUGUAUAUAUUCAUGAAUAUCUUCCUUGCUGUUGUAUAUAAUAAUUACCGCAAGCAUUUAAAAAAUGAAGUGCGCAAACUAGUCUACAUGAAAAGGCAAAGUCUUUCUAGAGCAUUUGAUCUGCUGAAAGUUAAAAUAGAUGGCAAAUUUAUUCUGGAUUUUAAAAGAUUUAAUGUAUUACUCAAGAUGAUCCCUCCUGUUCGGAGUCCUAUGAUGGUUAAUAUAUUGUGGUAUGUUUUGGACAGUGAUGGAGAUAACACUAUAGGAAAAGCUGACUUCUUACAGCUUGCUGAUUUACUAAAUGUCACUGUAUCAGAAAUUAAAGAUAGACGGAGUGUAUUUGAUCGUUUACUGCCAGAUUGUUAUCAAAGUAAACCAUCAAAAAUGUUUCGGAAAGCUGUUGCUCAUAAGUACUUCCGUUAUUUCUUUGACCUUAUGAUACUUCUGAAUGCUUUUUUAAUUGCCCUUGAUAUUGGUGAUGCUGAAUGGGCCUUUUUGGUGCUCUUUACUGCAGAAAUUUUAAUGAAGAUGUAUACAUUUGGUCUGCUGUAUUUCUUCAGAAGAUUUUGGAAUAUCUUCGACUUCAUAGUGAUAGGAGGGGCUAUUGUUGGAACUAUUAUUGAGACAUUCAUGGAUUCAGAUGUUGAUGACAAAACACGUACUUUGGAUAUCUUGCUUGUAUUGAGAGUGCUUAGACUUGUUAAAAUUAUUGGCGGAAUCGAAAGAUUUCAGGUUAUUGUUACAACAAUCAUGAAUCUUGGGCCUUCAAUCUUAACUUAUGGAGGUGUCCUUUUAGUUGUAUAUUAUGUCUUUGCAAUAAUAGGCAUGGAAAUUUUUCAUAACAAAAUAAAGUACUACGGAUACCAGAAUGGGAAUAACAUGUCUGAUCUGUAUUGUGGUAAUAUGUUAUUAAAUGGAUCAGUUUUCUAUCAAAGCCAAUACUGCAGCAACAAUUUUAAUAACAUCUUGAAUACACUGGUCGUGUUAUUUGAACUCAUGGUUGUUAAUCAGUGGCAUGUGAUAGCCAAUGGUUUUGUAUUAGUCACCAGUAAAGUAGCAAGACUGUACUUUUUUGCUUUUCACUUGAUCUGUGUUAUCAUUGUUCUGAACAUUUUCACGGCCUUCGUCCUUGAAGCUUUCAUUUUGGAGUAUUCUUUUUGUAAAAGCAAAUUAGAAAGUGCAAUGGAGAAAAAGAUUAUUGAAAUGGGACUUCAGUUAGGGAGGAGACCUUCGCAGCAUACUAAAGGUACAGAUGAUGAUCGGCUGGUUGUUGAUUCAGAGGAUAUGAUUGAAUCUGAUGAUGAAAACGUGGAAAAUAAAAAUGAGGCUGUUUAUCCCGAUUUAUCAGGAAAAACCGAUAUUCGAUUUCAUUUAACGAAAAGCAAAAAUGUUGAAAACUUGCUUCAAAGAAUGUUUGAAAAUGAACUAGACGUAGAUGAUGAUGGAGUACUAGAGGAUACAUCUUGAAGAUGUGAAAAAUAAGCAUUCCGUGCAAUCUUCUGUGCUGUUUUGAUCAAAAUAACUAAAUUCAGUUUUUCAAGUUUAGUUUUGUUUCAAAAAGUUCCGAAUGUAAUGUCUGGGAGAUAUUUAACAGAUGCUUAUAUAACAUGAAAUUGUAAAGAAAUAUAUACUGUUAAAUAUUUUUAAAAAAUUGUGCUAAUACAAAUAUUUACAACUUAGCUGAAAAUUUGUCCAUCUAUAUUUUAAAUUGUGUAAAUUAUUAAGAUAUUUAUUGUACAUGAAUUAUGAUUUGAUUCAUGUUGGGCCUUUUUCUCUAGUCCAUUUGACAGAAUUUAUUUAAAUAUAAUUCAGAAAAAAAAUUAUUUUAGACUAAAUACUAAAAUUGUUUGAUCAAAAUAUUCAUUUACCAAAGAGCUUAUAUUUAAAAUCAAAAUGUAAGAGUACAAAGUAUUUUAAUAGCGAAUAUAUAUUUUAGAUUGUUACCAUUCCUUGUUAAAUUUGAGAUUUACAUGUAUACGCGAUUAUUGAACUUUACAAGCAUAUUCUCUUUUUUAUGUUGUUCACAUUUUUGUGACUUCUGUUUUAAUGCAUUAGAAUCUCCAUGUACAUUUAUCUUUAUUUCAGUUAAAUAACUCAGAAGCACCUCAGUGGCGUACUUUGAAUUUAAUUUUUGGCGGUAUAAUCGCCAUUAUAUUGUCUAAACUGCUGUUGUGCAAAUUUUCUUAUUUGUAAUUUUGAAAUUUAAAAAUUGACUUUAAUCUAAAAUUAUUUAUCUACAAUUAUGUCAAGUUAUUUAACAUUCAUUGAAUUCAUUCAAUUGCAUUUGUAUUAUUAUUAUGUUAUUAAUGUUGAAAUUUUAAUAAAAUACCAAUCAACAAUACAAAAGUACAUGCAUUAUUUUAUCAGGUCAAAAGUAUUCCUGCAGUUAUUCCUGCAUUAAAAGCAGUUUUUAAUUUAAACCAUAUCAUGUUUUAACAUUUAUUUUGCAUAUUGUUUUUUGAGGAAUAUGUGAAACCUUUUAAGGUAUAUUUAUAAGUAUUAUUAUAUAUGUAUUAUAUGUGAUGAAAAAGAACUUGUAAUGCUGAUAGUGUAAAAUGUAGCUUAUUAAUGCUGAUAGUGUAGAAGGUAGCUUGUAAUGCUGAUAGUAUAGAACGUAGAAUGUUGAAUCCAUAAUGAACAGCAAACUUGGAAGUCCGAGGCAGAUUAAAUAUUCAUUUUUAUUUUAAUUGACAUUUGCAGACACAUUUACUUGGCAUUCUAAUUGUGGCUAUUCAAGAAUAUUUACAUUUUUUAUACUAUUGUGACAAGAAGAGCAGUAAGCCAGCGAGCAAGUAGCAUCUUACUAGCAAGAGAGCUGAAGCAAAAGUGCACAAUUAUCCAAUAUGGAGACUCACCAAGAGAAGAUUUUGGUUUAGGUUGCUUAUUAAAAGAAGGUUUCAAUUCUCAACUUUGAGUUCAGGUUCCGAAUUAGCUACGUCAUCAGCGUUAUGCAAGCCAUAUGACAUAGACUGAUCUAGAAAUGACGCAUUCCAGAGAAGUUAUUAAUCUUAUUAGAAUACAGAGAGGAAAUACUCAAAUUAAAAAUGAAGAAUUAAGAUGCUAUUACAAAAUUAAAAUAUAAAGCUGAUUUACAUAUCUUUUUAUCUUGCACACAUGCAUAUAUAUAUAUAUACAACAAUAUAAUCCUUUUAAACGUGCU